UUGAAAAAAGGAGUCAUUAGCCAGUCUUUAUCACAAAAGUCAUCUGCAGGUUUUCUCAUCGUUAGCCAAGACAGUGUAAAUGGCUCUGACUUUGAUGGUCCGAAAAAAAAGAAGAGGAAGGUUUCAAGUGAACCGCUGGACAAAACUAUAAUUCAUCCAUCUCAGUACUCAACUGCAAGAAGUUUGUUAUCGCGGAUAGGUUUGACGCCGCAUGAUUUACCUUAUCAAGGCUUAGCCAACAAACUGCAAAAUCUUACCAAUCUGACAGCUGAAGAAUCAGCCGUACGUGAUCUAUUUUGUACGGAAAUCAAAACGUUACCGCCUCCUGAACUCAUGGUCGAAAUUCGAAAGAUCAAUUCUUUCAAAGUGGGCGAACAAGUUGUUGGACGAGUAGCGAAUCAAGUGGAAUUCGGAGUCUUUGUCGACAUUGGCGCGGAGAAGAGUGCUCUUGCCCAUCGCAGCUAUCUCCGACAACCUUUUCCUGAAGUAGGAUCUAGCUUGAUGUUUGUCAUAGUGAGCGUCGACGUGCAGAAGGGAAGAAUUGGCGUAAAGCCGGUGGAUUGA